GCUGGGCCCCGGAAAGACGCGCGGGCCCCCACGGGCGCUCGCGCAGGUGCGCGGGAGGCAGCCCGCCCGCCCCCGGCGUUCUUACAGUGCGGGAGAGGCCGGCGCGCGCGCGUCGGGGACCCCGGCGAGGGCUCCGCACCCGGGCGCGGGCAGGCACCGGGUGGAGGGCGCGGCGAGGACCUGAGAGGAACACGAGCUGGUGACAUGGCAUGGAAACACAUAAUGUUCCGACAAAGGAAGUCGCAGAGGAAGGCCCCCGGUGGAUGAGCGAGGAAGAGGGGUCUAGUGUGUGCGCUGACUUGUCCUAACGCCCACCUGGAGAGUGAAUUACGCACCCCCGCCCGCCCCCAGGUGAACACCGCCGAGCCAGGCCCGCACUCAGCCCUGAUGGUGAACGGGGGUCACACACGAGGAGAAAGCUCCCCGGGCGGCUGCCUGUGAUGCAGGACUGAAAGUCAGGGUUGGGAAGCGUGGACCGCGGCCCGGCGCCGAGCGCGGACGCGAUGGGAUGCGGACGGAUGGACGGUGACUCCGGGAGAGAGGUUGGGCCAGGUGCUUAGUACCCGACAGCUCGGCCCGCAGAGCGGGGCCCGCGCCCAGAGCGGCGGCGGCGGCUGCCCGGCCGUUCCGUCCGCCCGCGCGGAGCUCCGACCACACAGAGCCGGGCAGACGGCCGCCCGCCCGCGGGGACCGCGCUGGGGUCACAAGUUCAGCCGGGAGCGGGAGCGCGCUCCCGCCGACACACCCCUUUUUCUGGAGAGCGGGCGGGCGGGUGCGAGCCGAGCGGCGCGAGAGCGAAAGCCGCUCUAGACAAAAGUGAGGUCUGAUCGCGCACCCGGAGCCCGGAGGAGCCAUCGACCUUGGGCGGCCCGAGUCCGGGCAGAGUGAUGCGGGGCUGCUGAGCGAGGACAGCGGCCCGAGCGAGCGCGCAUGGAGAGCCCAGUGGUCCCCUGCGUCCUCUACCCGGGCGACGGGGCGUGCGGCCAGGCCGGGGGCCGGGGCGGCGCUCCCGAGGCUCCGGGAGAGGGCAGCCUGCAGCCGCCGGACGCGGCCGAGGGGGAGGGCGCGGCGUCCCCGGCGCAGACACCCUGCAGCCUCAGCGCGUCCCUGUGCUUCAGCUCCGGGGACGACUCCCCGCCGCAGUCUCGCGCCUCCUCCGCGGCGGAGGACGCAGCGGCCUCACCGCCCUCGUGUUGCAGCGGCCGGCGGGUGGUGGAGAGGCAGUGGGACGUCGGCAGCGCGGGCGCCGCGUCCCCGGAGGAGCCAGUGUCCCCAGAAGACUCCGCGUCGCCCGAGGAGCCCGCGUUCCCCGGGGAGCGCCCGCCGACCGAGGAGCCCGCGUCCCCGGAGGAGCCCGCGGACCCCGCGCCCGUGCCGCCGGGCGUCGGCCCGGAGCACGGCGAGCCCGACCUGCUCAUUGAGGUCUCGGGCCGCCGGCUGCGGGCGCACAAGGCGGUGCUGGCGGCGCGCAGCGACUACUUCCGCGCGCGCGCGUCCCGGGACGUGCUGCGGGUGCAGGGCGUGGGCUGGGCGGCGCUGCGGCUGCUGCUGGCCUACGCGUACAGCGGGCGCAUGGCGGGAGUGCGCCCCGACAACGUGGCCGACGUGGUGGCCGGCGCGCGCCGCCUGCAGCUACCCUGCGCCGCGCAGCGCGCCACCGACGCCGUGGCGCCGCAGCUGAGCCUGGCCAACUGCUUCGAGGUGCUGAGCGCGGCCAAGCGGCAGCGGCUGGCCGAGCUGCGCGAGGCCGCCUACCGCUUCAUGAGCGACCAUUACCUGGAGGUGCUGCGCGAGCCCGCCGUCUUCGGGCGCCUGUCGGGGGCCGAGCGCGACCUGCUGCUGCGCCGCCGCCUACGCGCCGGCCGCACCCGCCUGCUGGCUGCCGCUCUCGGGCCGGCCGGGGACCGCGCGGGCAGCCGGCCGCAGAGCCCGUCAGGGGAUGCGGAGGGCCGCGGCGAGGCCGCCGUCUACUGCUUCCACGAGGCGGCCGGCGAGUGGCGCGAGCUGACACGGCUGCCGGAGGGCGCGCCGGCGCGGGGCUGCGGCCUCUGCGUGCUGUACAACUACCUCUUCGUGGCCGGAGGCGUGGGGCCCGCGGGCCCCGACGGCCGCGCCAGGCCCUCCGACCGGGUCUUCUGCUACAACCCGGCCACUGAUCGCUGGAGCACCGUGCGGCCGCUGCGCCAGGCGCGCUCUCAGCUGCAACUGCUGGCGCUGGACGGCCACCUGUACGCCGUCGGCGGCGAGUGCCUGCUCAGCGUGGAGCGCUACGACCCGCGCGCCGACCGCUGGGCCGCCGUGGCCCCGCUGCCCCGGGGCGCCUUCGCCGUGGCCCACGAGGCCACCACGUGCAACGGCGAGAUCUACGUGUCCGGGGGCUCACUUUUCUACCGCCUGCUCAAGUACGACCCGCGGCGCGACGAGUGGCAGGAGUGCCCGUGCAGCAGCAGCCGCGAGCGCUCGGCCGACAUGGUGGCCCUGGACGGCUUCAUCUACCGCUUCGACCUGUGUGGGGCCCGCGGCGACGCGCCGGCGGCCGUGCCGGCCGGGGGCGUCAGUGUGCUCCGCUACCACUGCCUGGCCAAGCAGUGGAGCCGCUGCGCCUCGCACCUGCGGCCCCCGGGCGCGCCCUCGGGCCUGCAGCCCUUCCGCUGCGCCGCGCUGGAGGGCACCAUCUACUGCGUGAGCCGCGCGGGCACCUGGCGCUUCGUGCCGCCGGGUGAGGGCGAGCCCGGCGCCAGCGACGCGGGCCCCGAAGGCAGCUUUGAGCUCCAGUCGCUGCAGACCCCGGCGGACGCCCGGGGCCUGCUCUUCCCCUUCGUGCUCAACUUGCCGGAGGAGAGGCCGGACCGAGGGGAGGAGGGCGCUGUAUAGGAUGGGCCAGGUGGUCACCCGGCGUGUCCCUCCACAGCCCGAGACAGGGAAUGCGCCGUGUCCCAACUGGCAACCCGAAAGGGCGCAAGGGGAGCGGAGGCCGGGGGAGAGGGUCGGGGGUGGGCUGUGCCCACGGGGAUAACUUAGGAGGUAGUGCUUGUCACUACCGGGCCUUGCAAGCCGCGUGCAACGCUGCCUUAAGGCCCCCUUUCCACUCUGCAUUCCUUCCGCUUCGUUUUGCUUUGCUUAAUGGGGGGUCGAUGGCUUAAGAUGCAGGAUAUGAGCAAAUAACUUUGCAAAUAAGAUACAACAUAUCUGAGAAAGAAGGAAACAGAAUCAGAGACUGUGCUUCCGGGUGCAGUGGCUGGGCCCUGUGUACCCGGGACGCUGUGGCUCAGCCGGGAGGCAGGCUUGAGUGCUGCGGGGUGCCAGCCCCCUUGUUACUGCGCGCUGAGAAGGCCCUGGGAAACGCGGGGGGCUCCCAGACUGGAGUCCUAAAUGAGGCCAGUGUGAACCAUAUUCCUGGAAACCCUUGAAAGAAGGUCAUACUUUUUUUUAGCUUGGAGUUUAAAAUUAUAACUGAUAAAUCAAGCUCUUAAAGCUUUUCUAAUUUAGUUUAAAAGUUCCUGCCCUAUGUGUCAACUCUGAAUGUAAGAAGUAUUACAGAUGAAAUCUUUGAUUCCCAAUAAGGUCUCCUGUCCAGUGAGCACGGGAGAUAUUUCCUGUCAUCCCAGGGCCCCGGACGGGGUCAAAGGUCCACACACCUGAGAGCAGGUCCCUCUCAUCACCUAACUGAGGUGGGUUUAAUACUUUCAGUUUCAAGGAUGUUCAUCAUUAUGUUCAAAGGUGUAGCAAUGAUUGACUGUUGCUCGGGUUUUAGAUCUUUUGUGAGUGUUUGCCAGAGAGCGUAUCGUCCGUAGGCGAGGCUGACAGCGGCCGUGGUGCUCACCUGCUUUGAAAGCAGGGCCAGGUGUGCCCAGCCGCUGUGAUGUUUUAUAGUGGGCUUGAAGAGAGUGGUAUUCCCCCUGAAAGAGGACUAAAAUCCUUUCUGUUUUAAGAGUUCUAAAGAAAAACAUACAGGUAUAGUUUGAACCCACUAAUUGUGAUGUUUAAAGCUGAGGCUCCAGUACUUUGGCCACUUCAUGCGAAGAGUUGACUCACUGGAAAAGACUGAUGCUGGGAGGGAUUGGGGGCAGGAGGAGAAGGGGACGACAGAGGAUGAGAUGGCUGGAUGGCAUCACUGACUCGAUGGACGCGUCAACUCUGGGGGUUGGUGACGGACAGGGAGGCCUGGUGUGCUGCGAUUCAUGGGGUCGCAGAGUCGGACGAGACUGAGUGACUGAACUGAACUGAAAUAUUUGUUCUGUAACUCUGAGGGAAAUUUAUUUUACAACCAUUAUCCUAAGAAAGUGUGGCAGAGUGACAGCAUGUUGACACGAGGGGAGCAUGUGUUUAUAAGGUGGUUUGGGGCUUUCCCGGUGGCUCUGCGGUAAAGGAUCUGCCUGUCAAUAUGGGAGACUCGAGCGAGGAAGAUCCCCUGGAGAAGGAAAUGGCGACCCACUCUAGUGUUCUUGCCUGGGAAAUGCCAUGGACAGAGGAGCCUGGUGGCUGCAGUCUAUGGGGUUGCAAAAGAGUGGGACCAUGAAUUAGCACCUAAACAACAACAACAUAAUGCAGUUUAGCAAAUGAACUACUUUUGUCUAAUUGUGAACUCCAAAAUACCAUUAAUAAAACUAACAUGAAAUUUCACUACUGUAAUAGGGCUCAAGGAUUCAAAGGCAGGGUGUACUAUUUAUUAAACAUUUAAGGAUAAAAUAUAUGUUCGUAAAGAGAGGCCAACUGACUUGGAUUCUGAAUCCAAUCCACUUUUUUUAAUGACAGGAAAAGUGCCCAUUGAAGGUUACUGGCACAGAGAUCGAUGGAGUCAUGUGUAGCUUAUUGUGAUUUCCUCGUGAAUCAGUGAUGGGAGGGAGCCUCUCUGUGCGACCUGUGGGUGUGCGGGGAAUAGGUUAUGCUUCCUAAAGAGGCAGUGGUUGUUAGAGUGGUCAGUUAAGCAUGCUUAGAAAUUCAGCAUGAUUCAUGCCUGUCCUGAGGCCAGGGCUCUGCCGUCUCAGCCUGUGUGUUCUCGGAACUUGUGCGCCUGCCCGUGACCGCUCCUGACAUGACAGGAUGUCUUGGCAACUCGGGUCAGCAUCUUAGGAAAAACCAGGCUCCAGACUGCCUGACUUUGUAGGAGCAGACUGGAGACAUGGCAGGAGAAGAAGUGAGGUCCAAAAGAAACACACUGUUCUCGUAAAGACACGAGCGUCUCACGUGACAGUACAUUUUUCUCCAGACUUUCAUUAUUUAUGCUCAAUUUUUAUUUGAAAUGGAACCGAGGUAAUAUUUUCAUUCCUUCAAUAUCAAACUCAAUGAGAUAUGAUCACUGUGAUUUUACUUGAGAAAUCAUUCCUAGGAUGCUUACCACUGAAAAACACAAAUCCUAAAGUGGGCUUCCAAAGUCAACUCUCCCCGUUGGAGAUGGGAGACAUACUAGCUGUCAGACAGUGGACAGCCAGACGGUGACACACCCUGCUGGAGUGUUUGGAUAUUAUUUCAUCCUUGAAUUGAAUGAAGGGACGCCUGGCUGAGACGAAGCACCACUUCCUGUGGGAGCUGGCCCCGAGCCCCGGGGAGUUGUCAGGACGAGAUCCGGGAGGAUGUCUAAGGACGGUGGUGGGCUUUGAACCUUGUAGACCAUGUUUCUCACUGCAGCAUCACUGAGAACAGGUGCCAGAGGACCUGUGUGCUGCGAAGACCAGUUUAUUCUGUUUAGGGGCCAGUACCUGGGGUGUGGGGCCAGUCAGGCGGUGCGCCAAGUGUGCGAAUGGAAGAGCCCACCGCCCAGGACCCUUCUGCGCAGGAGGGCUGGGCGAGGGGCAGGCCUCCAGGGCCGACGCUCCAGGGCUUGUCCCAUUGCUGAGCCUGUGUCCAGCUCUGUAGAGAACCAGCUGGUGCAAAAGGAUCCCUGCUCUCCUAUCGCUUGAAUCAAAUGAGGGCAGUGCAUAUACAACAUCCGUAAUUCUCAUGAAAUUAAGAAACCCCCAAACACUGACAUUCCCAGACAUUCGAAAGAGCAGUGGGGCAUUUUCAGGGGACACGUAAUUCGCGGAAGCUUAAUCUUUUGGUUAGUUGACAGUAAUGAUGACUUCUGUGUUGUGAAUCAGGGUUCGUUUGGAACCGGAAGGAUUGGGGUGAAGUCAUCUUCAUUUCCUUUCUGUUUUUCCUGCUGGUCAGGGAGAGCUCUGGUGCCAGCGCCAGCGUGGACUCCGGCCGCUUUAUGGGGCUGGCCUGGGACCACGGUGACUUUAUUUCUGCACCAGUUUACUUUCCUUUCAGAGAAGGAAUGCUGCAGAAAUUCUUUGGCUGCUUAGUGACAACAACUCCCUGUAUCACUUUUGCUACAAAUACUUAAAUCACCUGGUCCACUCUUGUUACUUUCUGGUGUCAAUUUAGUGAUUCUUUUAGCCACUGUUUAAUUUGUUGGUCUCUUGGGUAACUUCCUCUGAAAUGUUUUGAAAGGAAAUGUGUUUUUAAGUCUUUGCCUUUUCCUUUUAAGAUGGUUUCAGGACAUCAUCUGUUGUAACAGCUUCCUGGGUCGGAAUGUAAACAAAAGUGCCCUUUUGCGAUCUGUCUUAUUGUAGACGAUUUCCUAGCUUACAAAAUGUUUCAUUUUUGGUGUCUUAAAAAAAAAAUCAGUGUUCUCCUUUCCCCCUUUCCUCUGCAACAUCAUUAUUCACGGGAAGAUAACAGGAACUAAGGAUGGGAACCCAUCGUGUUCGGGCUGCAUCUGAGUGUGCAUCAGAGCCGCGUUCUCUUUGCUUCCCUGCAUCCUGGAAGGCACCGCGAGGCUCCGGCUCCUAGUGUGGGAACUGGCAUGGGUGAGAGCCUCCUACCUGCUUGGUGAACUGGUGUGAAAUGAAACAAAAGACCAGAUUUGGCCUCCUGUGAGACACAAGCUCCUCUGAGGCUUUUGAAAGCACUAAGCAGUGCUGUGAUGUUGCUGGAUGUUGAAGACAAACAGCCAUCUUGAAGACACAGCUUUGCCCAGCUGAUGCUGUACCGAUCAGCGCUCGUGUUCGAGUAUUGAGUGCCAACCCCGUAAACCCUGUCCACCUGCCUGUUUAUGCCGAGAUGAAAUAAAUCACUGGGCGAUGCUAGCUGUCCUGCAGUC